AUGGAGCUCGCUACCGCUUUAACGGCGGCAAUGACACCGAUUGUGCGGGCAAUUUUUCUUAUGAUGUCUGCCAUACAUGAUGGUGACGUUGGGGACAAGAAGACGUGGAAGUGUUGCCACACCAAUGGAGCGACAGCAGAGUCGCCCAGCGUGACUGAGGCAUGGCUGGCGUUGCAAAGGGAAGGUCAAGGAACGCCACCAGUGGUGGAAAUGCACUAUCGUCUGGGCGAUACGGGUGAUAACAUUGUAAGGGUAAAGUGGGUUCCUACGGACAACACCCAUUUGGUGUUAAUUCUGCAGCACCAAAACGACACUGCCGUCUCGAGAGAGCCUGUAACUAUUUCACUCUGCACAGAGUGUGAACCGCUUAAGUCUAGUUUGCUCGAAACGACACAGUGGACGGCGGAGGCAGCAAACGCGGCCGUUGCACGGCUUCGGCCAGCACUAUUCGACCAUAUCACCCGACAGCAAUAUCGCCCUUACGACAGCAACAGCAACAACAACAGUGGCGACGGAAACGGGGCAAUGUCUUUGAGAGCAGAGCCACCACGGCAGGCAGUAGAGAGUCGUCAGGAGUAUAUUCCUGCCGCACCUUACGUUACUGAACCACAGGGCGUCACCCAGCCAAUGUUCGCAGGUACGGCCCCGAGACCACCUGGUUUUCGUUACGGUGAAGGCGACCUGGUGCCUGGAGGCAGUUUGUCCCCGGAAGGUGGUUCUGGUGGUGGAAUGAUGCUUGGCCCCAGAGCUUUUCAUGGUGGCGGUGUCAUGCCUGUCCGCUAUGACCCGAUGUUUCCUGGUGAUCUGCCAGACGGGAGUGGUAUGCGGGGCCGGGGUAGAGGGCGUGUGUUUCCCGGAGAACCUGACCCAGACAAUUUGGCUCCGCCGGGAGGUCCAGCCUUUCAAAUGGGCUUUGGCCCAGGAGGCGCUAGAGGCUUUGGCGGCGCUGGAGGUGGAUUUAUCCCGCCAUUUUAA